AUUUUUGAAGUUGAUGUUAGUUUUGAUGCAUAGGUUGGAGAUGCCCAAGGAUACUUCAAUUUUUUAACGGGAGCACUCGUGAUAUGCCAAUUUCACUUGCCGCCGUCUUUGUGGGUUGCUCUGUCUGAGUUUGAGUUUCGCUUCUUCUGCCAUAAACUACUCUCAUCCAUUUUUAGGUUCCCAAGCAAAGAAGCCGUAUAAGAAGAGAAAAUCAUGAAAUUUGCGGUUAAGGCGUGGAGCAGUGGAAAAGCAAGGACAGGGAUACUCCAACUGGGCAAUUGCCCCGGUUCAAUAGAGACCCCUGCUCUUCUCCUCUCCACCCGUAAAGGUCUUCCCCAUUUUAUCCCCCCUGAUCUUCUUCCUUCUCUUCCUUCCCCUCAUUCCCAUCUCCUCCAAGUUAGCCCACUUCACUUCUUGGAAGGCCUAUCACUAAAAACAAUAUCAAGCCUUGGAGGAUUGAACCAAAUGCUUGGUUUGCCGGACUAUGCAUUUGCUGCUGUAGCCAGGGACUCUAUACAAAGUCUUCCAGAAUAUAGUUCCACUAAUAAAAUCGGAGCAUCUUUUGAGACUCGUUGCGGUCGAUGUUUGAUUAAACCUGUAGAUUAUGUUGAAAUGAUUAGUUGCAUGAGGCCUAACGUAUGGGCCACUUUGGCAGAUGAAGUUCCUGUAUGGGUAUCAGAGAAGAGAAACAAGACCUCUGUGGAUCGAACUGUGAAAUGGCUUGAUGAAUGCAUUGCGUUAAGCUCGGCAGGUGGAGCUAUUCUUGGAUCCAUCGUUGGAGGCUCUGAUGUUGAAGAACGUGAACGAUGCGCACAAGAGGUAUCCAGGAGAAGCGUUUCAGGUUAUUUAAUUGGAGGCUUUGGACUUGGAGAGAGCAUGGAGGAGCGCCCUGCUCUUCUGAAUGCUGUAACUAAUAUGCUACAAAAGGAGAAGCCGCGUUUUGUCUGUGGGCUUGGACUUCCAGAGGAGGUUUUGCAGGGAGUCGCCGCAGGCAUUGAUAUUUUCGACUCUGAGUAUAUAUACCAUCUAACCCUUGGAGGCAUUGCACUUACAUUUCCACCUUUUGAAGCUGACAUUACUACUACUGAUUUUCAGCCUAGUUAUAUUGGAGUUGAACAGACCAAAAUUAAUUUGAGAGCAACAAUAUACAGGAAAGAUACAUCACCAAUUUUAAAAAUUUGUGGCUGCUAUACAUGCCAGAAUCACACAAGAGCUUACAUCAAUCACCUGCUCAAUGUUCACGAAAUGCUUGCUCAGAUUCUGCUAGAAAUACAUAACACUCAUCAUUAUCUAACUUUCUUCAAGUCAAUAAGAGAAGCAAUCAAAGCUGGUGACUUUGACAAAUUUCGACAGAGAUAUAUUGAGAGUGGGCGUGAAUGUGAUGAUGUUGUAGAUGCUGUUGCUGCUGUAUGCGUUUGAGCUAGGUCAGUCUUGACUUUUUUGGGACUUCCUUAAAAUUGUAUUUAAGGGAUUGUAAUUUUUGAAUAAUUUUUAAAUUUGAACAAAAUUAUAUAUUUUAAUUUUUUUUUAUAAUAUAAUUAAGUCUUUAGGCUAAGGGUGCCUUGGCUUGGGCCAUUGAGCCGACCCUUUUGAGCUCAAUAUUUCUUUACUCAAAAUUGUAAUUUAGACAACAAUCAAGAGUGAGAGGUAUAGUUGCAACAGAGUUCAUUUCAGAACCA